AUGUCUGGACAAUCACCGUAUAUGUCAGCAGCUCAAUAUGCUUAUCCAAACAAUUUUCAACCACGUGAUGUUCGUUACAGUACCAAUCCAAAUGUUGAUAACUCGAUGGGAUUAAAUCAUCGUCGACCAUCUCUACUUGCUAGUUAUCACAAUCACUUCACUAGUCCAGAUCGAAAUUCUCUAACGCCGUAUGCUUUCUCAUUGGGAGGACCGGCUUCAAUGGGAACACAUACCGAUGAACAUUCAAAACGGUCACGAUAUUCAGCAACAAUACCACUAUCGAUUGAUGUGAAAAAGGAACAAGCUUUAUAUCAACCACAAACAGAAGCAAUAUCACCCAGUCUCGAAGAACCGAAAAAUGAUUCAAAUAUGCGAGAUUCAACAAUUAUACGUAAUUCAAUAUCGAAAUUAGACUCUGAUAUUCAAAUAGCAAUAAAAAAGCUUCAUCGAGCAAGAUUGAGUCAGAGUGAAAUCAAGAGUCAAGCAGAUCGUUCAGCAGCCGAUGAAGAUGAAAACGAUACUCAAGAUGAUUUAUUUAAAACAAAUGGUUCACAAACUUUAAUUGAGAAAAUUCUACAUGAUAACCGAAAAGUAGCAGAAGAUGGUCAAAGGGUUCUCAAUCGAUUGCACAAUAAUAUUGAUUUAACCAUUCCAUUGUACCAUGAACCAAGUGAUCUCGAACCAAUCGACGAAAUUCGCACACAAUACAUGAAUGUAAUGAAAAAUCGUUUGAUAAAUCUAUUCAAGAAAAGUCGCGAACGUUACAUGUGUCAAACGAAAUUUGAAAGUGAAAAAUAUGACCAAGCAUACGAAGAAUGGCAAAAAUCGAUCGAAAAAGAUGAAAAAUCGAUCUUAGCCAAAGAUAUUUCCACAUAUCGUGAAACAUUUGAGAAGACAUUUUCAGAAAUACGUAAAGCACGCGAAGAUAAAGAGAAAAAACAAUCGGCGCAGACUUCAACAGAUCCGUUGUCAUCGUCGACGGAUCAACCAGUUCAAUCGACUACGAAUUCCACGGAACAAGAGAGCGAUGAACAAGAGGAUGAAAAGAUGCGCAAGUCGUCCGUCAUUCCACCAAUCAUGUACGAUCGUUGGCAACGUAAACAUCAGUAUUUCAAUAAUAAUGGUUUGAUCAAAGGCGAUGCAGCUGCAUUCUAUAAAGAACAAACCAAAAUGCCAUAUUGGACACCUGAAGAGAAACAGAUUUUCAUUGAGAAAUUUACUCAAUCGCCGAAAAAUUUCGGCUACAUAUCCGCAUUUCUCGAAAAUAAAACAACUGAGCAAUGCGUUCAGUUUUACUAUAUGACAAAGAAAGCAGAAAACUACAAGAAUCUAUUGCGUAAACAGAGUCAAGCGAAUAAACGUCGCGCAAGACAAAAUCCCACAACAACAACGACGACAACAGUCACAGCAUCCACAACAAUUAAAACAACUUUCGUUACAAGAGUUACAUCGAAUACAAUCGUUUCGUCAACAUCUCAACAAACACUGGGCUCAGGACAAGAUGCUGAACGUCCGGCUGAUCGAAUGGAUAACGAUGUCGAUCGACGUGAUAUGAAUACCGGUGAUACUGGUGAUGACAAACGUUUAAACAAAAAUCGUUGCCAAUUUAUAUCUUGUACAACUGACAAAGGUGGCAAGAAGAAAUAUCGGAAAACUCGUUUACGUGAUUUUCCACCGAAAUGGAAUGAAUUAUCGAAGGAACACCAAGAAGAGAUCCGUCGUUUAUUACAAAUUCCAUCGGAGAUUCAACGCUGUUGCCCGCGUUGUUAUGAUAAAUUAACUAUUCAAGUACGGCAACGGCAUGCAAGUCGAACAGCCGAAGAUGAUGAUGAAGUCACGCUUUCCGAACAUCAGAAUUCUAAACAUGAUGAUGAAAAAUGGACUGAAGCUGAAGCUGAAGCAUUUACACAAGCAUUGGAUAAAUUCAAUCACGAUUGGACACAAAUCGCCGAAUAUGUUCAUCGAAGUGAAGAAAGCUGUCGAGCAUUCUAUUUAAAACAGUGCAAAACGACAUCACCCAUUGAUGAUCCUAACAAUGAUGAUGAUAAUGGCAGUAUAUCAGGCUCAGAGUUGGGCCAAACAAAACAAGUUAAUGAUGAUAAUGAACUGAAGACUAUCAAUGAAGAUAGUAACGAUUCAACUCAAGGAAUGGUCAUUGAUGAAGGUGAAGAACAAACAUCGACGACUGAAGAGAAAGUUCCAGCGAAAUCAACUGCGCCAACAACAACAAACUUCUCUACGAUCACGUCACUCGUAGAAAAAGAAAUUUACAAAACAUUGAACGAAACAGAAAAACGUUUAGCAGCUAGUAAUACUAAUACGUUUUCAUCCCCUGAACGACAAAUAGGUAAUAGCAACAAUCCGACUCAUACUGCUGCUCAGCCGCCACCGCCAUUGGUGAAUAUUAAGAAGUCUCAAUCGCCUGCAGCAGCCUAUCCAUAUCCAUCUCACCCUCAACAAUCCUAUUUACCAACAGGUUCGAUUAUGCGUGGAACACCCAUAUCAUCAUCAACGCCCUCGAAUAAACCCAUUGCUGCAGACAUAACAUCACCACAUUCUCAUCAUUACCAUAAUACAAGAACCGACUAUCCUCAUCAUAAGGCGCCCAAAAUUCUCGACCGAAAUGCUGAGCAACAACAAUUGAUCCAUCAGCAACAGCAACAUGCCUACAUGCGCCAAUAUGCCCAACAACCGCAACAGCAACAGCAACAAGCAUAUUUACAGCAACAACAGCAGCAGCAGCAGCAUAAGUCUGCAGCAAAAAUUGAACCGCCAAGUACAGACACGUUCGAAACAUUGAGAGCUGAUUACCUGACAUCAAAGUAUUUGGCAACAACUCAUUCACCGAGCCAUGAACGUCAACACCGUCCUGGUCCUGAUCAACGUUCUCCUUCUCAACCAUCGCCGGCAAUGAACCAACCAUUGCUUCCUCCACCAUCAACAAUUGGCCCUCCAACUGGUAGUCCAUCCGUCUCGUCUUUACAACAUUCGCAUCAUUCUCAACAACAAGCAGCUAUUCUUGCUGCUUCACAAUUUCUUGCUUCAAACGGUGUCUAUUCGCAAGAUAUUCUUACCAAUAGUCUUCUUCCAUACACAUCUUACUAUGGUUCACUUCCGCCUACUUCGCCGUUCUUAUUCGAUCCACGUCUCAUGCAUGAAUAUGCAGCUGCGAAUAACAGCGAACAAUUGAAAGCAGAACAUCACAAAGCUGCGAUGCGUUUCAGUCGUCAUCAUCAUCAUCAUCAAGGGCCGAAUGUUCCUGUUCAUUCGCCUCCAGAUGCAUCCUAUCCUCCUCAUUCAUCAAAACGACAUUCGCAUGACUUAGGCUAUCCUGGAAAUGAUUAUCCGGCACAAAUUUGGCGUACGCAGAAUAUGACAAAUCCUCAGCAAGUUCAUUCUCAGAUGAAACAUAGUUCUGCCACUAAUGAAAAUCCCCUUUUGAAACACGCUGAUCUAUCUCGACAUGCACCAGCACAUGUUCCUGAUAGAAGUAGUCGAUCUCCAGAUGAUUAUCAUCAUCGUCUCAAUUCAGCACGUACAGGAACUGAAAGUGCAACAAUGCAUUUUCAGCGUACCGAUGCGCAUAAUCAUCACAAUUCUUCUCAUGAAAAAUCCAAUCCAAAUCCGCUCUACUCAGAUCAUUCAAAUGAAGGAAAUCCGUCGAAUUACAUGCGCCAUGCGACUACCGUUCAUAAACCCCAAGCCACGCAUCGCCAUUCUCAACACCACCAUAGUGCAAGUUCAAAUGCUCGAACAUUGCAACCACCACCGAUGCCGAAUUCGCAAAUCUCGCCGCAACAUGCUACCUAUUUGAUGCAUGGUCAUCAUCAUUUGCCGGUUGACACGCCAACAUCUCAACGAUCGCAGCAACAAUCUCCUCAUCAGCAUCACCAAUCCCAUUAUAGUCAACAGCAACAACAUCAUCAACAACAACGAACAAAUCAUCACAGUGAAGCAAGCAAAACUACAAAAGAAUCGAUGUCUAUACAAGAAUUCAUUAACAAAAAUGUCAACGAAUUUGUCAGCUCGAAAAAUAACGAUAGCAAAGCUUCAGCUUGGGAUUCGGAAACACAUGAAUCAGCAAAUAAUUCAAUACCACGUAAUCAUCAAGCCAGCAAUUCGAAUCAGCUUAUUUUAAUCGAUGGUGAUGAAGAUUCCAACCCAAUAGAUCAAUCAGAUCUAUCGAAUAAAGCGAACUCUGACGGUGACAUGCCUGAACGACGUCGUGACAGCUCAAUAAAAAAAAUCCUUUCGAAUCAACCAUUAGAAAAACAAGAAUAUGUUGAAAUCAACCAAAAAGUUCAGAAUAGUGCGACUGGAACGUCAAAAGCAAAUCCAAAUGCCAAUGAUCCAUCUAGUAUGGAACGAUCCAAUAGUACCAAUGCCCGUACACGAUCUCGUGGUUCAAUAACAAUGCGUAUGCUAAUGGGUUCCAGUGAUAUCUAUGCUGAUGGUAAAGCUCAGCCCAUGCCAACUAAUGAAGAACAAUCGAAUAAACGUCCAGCAUCACCACAUGCUAACUGUGAAAAGAUCGAUUAUUUGAUUCGUGGUGAACUCGACCGACCAUGUCCAACAUUAGUUAAACAAGAUGAAAUACCAAGUAUAUUUAAAAAAUCAUCAUCUGCUCAUUCUCAGCCAACUUCAUCUAAACGUUUACGAACAUCGCCAGACAAUGAAGAGUCGCACCAUUCAUCAACACACUCAACACCUGAACCGCCGAUGAACGCACGUGAUCCAUUCGCAUUGCAACCACACUCCAAAAGUCAACACCAUCAGUCAACAUCAUCGCCUUCAACCAACGAGAAAAACUGGCAAUCGUAUAUGCAACAACAACAGUACUUCCUAAACAAUCCCUAUUCGUCACCUUUUGCUUCACGGUCAUCCCGUCCGACCGGUUCAAUCACCCAAGGUAGUCCAAUGCCACCAUCAUCACGUACAUCGACUGACCAAUCACAACAUUCGUCAGCGGCAAAUAAUCAAUUGAUUAAUCCACGCUACGCACAAUACAUUAAUAAAAAUGAACAACAAUCUUCACCAUCACCAACCGAUCGAUCAUCGAAAGGGAUGUCCACCCGCAAAGCUGAUCAGAGCUCUCCUGUUUCCAGUGAUGGUCAACCAGAGUCGUUUCUAUCAGUAAAUAAUAAUCAAUCAUCAACAUCAAAAAGUCCAUUGCCCAUGGCACCGGCAGCGAGUAGUACUCCGCCAAUAGCUACCUCACCAACGACUCCAUCGUCCUCCAGUAGUGCCCAUUCAUUAAAGAAACGUUUAAUUAGUGAAUAUGAACUUGAACAACAACGAAAUUCACCAGUUAUCCAACCAACUGAAGAAGCACCUACUACUUCAACUGGUGAUGCGCCCAAAACUGAACCAGAAUCAAUUGCGUCUGAAACUGAAAUGGUCACCGAAGCGGCUCCUUCUAAGUCAGCUGAAGAACCUGAAACUUCUUCGUGA